AUGGAGCUGGCUGGGGUGGCCUCACAUGCCAGCCCGGAGGGGCCCUGGUGGCUCCGAGUCCAGCCGCUGGUUCUCCGUCAGGCUGAGCAUAGCAAGCAGGGGCCCCCGCAGGGGACAGGGGCCCGAGGGCCAGGCAGCGCCUCCUGUCCUGCUGCUGCUGCUGCCCACUCCUCUCUGGCUCUCCUAGUUCCUUCCCCUUCCUCCCUCAGCCGAUGCCCCCUGACUGUCUCACCAGGAGGAACCCAGGCAGCCCUCCCACCCAUGUUGAUGGUGUGGUUCACAUGGAGUCACGGCCACAUACGGGACUAG